GGAAGUCUAACACGCUGGUUAUCUACAAGUGCCCUCACGAGCGCUUAAAUAAUCGUAUUUCGUAUUAUUUUUUCCACUUAUAAACACUUUUCAGCGAGUGUUUUCUCGCUAGAUAGUCGUAGUGAUGUUUCGAUGGCCGACACUAUAAAUAUAGAGAAUGAAGGAGACGAUUUACACUCACAAAUGGAGGAAGUGGAGGCGCUGUCGUCCAUCUACGGUGACGAAUGGUGUGCCAUCGACGAGGCCUCCAGGAUAUUUUGCAUCAAAAUAUCAAACGACACGGAGGAGACUAAACUGACGGCGUGUUUGCAGAUAAUUCUCCCGCCUGAUUAUCCCAGCGCGGCCCCGCCAAUCUACCAGAUCAAUGCCGCGUGGCUGCGGGGUUCAGAGAGGGUUAGAUUGGCCAACAGCCUGGAAGACCUUUACGUGGAGCACGCAGGGGAGAGCAUUCUCUACAUGUGGGUGGAAAAGAUCAGAGAAUUCCUGCUCGAAAAAGCUCAAGACUCGGCAACAGUGGCGCAGUCAGAGAAGGUGACCCUCACCGCGGAGGAGGAUCUGGACGACGGAGACGGGCCGGACUUUGCAGGGCUCACGUUGAGCGCGGAGGCUGCGCAACAUUUCCUGGAACACGCAAACGAUGAAGAGGUGCCGCCGAUCAAACACGGCGGCUGCAUCACGGACCGCCGCAGCACCUUCCAGUCUCACCUGGCUCCUGUGGUGGCGCCAAGACAGGUCAAAACCGUGCUGGAGAGACUGUACGACAACAAGAAGAUCGCCAGCGCCACUCACAACGUCUACGCGUACAGGAUCUACUGCGAGGACAAGAAGAGCUUCCUGCAGGACUGCGAGGACGACGGCGAGACGGCGGCAGGUGGCAGGUUGCUCCAUUUGCUGCAGAUUCUGGACGUGCGUAACGUGCUGGUGGUGGUGUCCCGGUGGUAUGGAGGGAUUCUGCUGGGUCCUGACCGCUUCAAGCACAUCAACAACUGUGCUCGAAGCAUAUUGGUGGAAGAGGGAUACACCGCCUCAUCUGAUGAUGUCGCCAAAUCAGCGGGGAAAGCAAAACGGUUAAAGGGCAAGAAGACAAAAUAAUUGUGCCAAGAAAAAGACCUUUGGAUCGAGUGCUUUUUUUUUUUUUUUCUCUCCAGUCUUUGUUGUGAAACCAUUCAACAUUUCACUUUUAGCUUUUCCAUUUUAACAGAUCAUUUUUUGAUUAUGACUGUGUUUAUGGAUGAAAUUUAUACAGGAGUGUGGUGACCCCCACACAGUCAUUGUUAAAAGAAUAAAGUCUUUUAUUUCAUCAAGAAGUUGUUUUUUUGCUCACAAAGUGUAAAAAAAAAAAAAAAGUCCUGAGUCCAAGAAAAAUGUCACAAUGAGAAAAGUAGUUUAAUUUUAUUUUUUAAAAUUGCUUUAGUAAAGUUAUGAGAAUAAAGCAGUGAUUUAUUUAAUUUGUUUAAUGUAGAAAGUUGAAUCUUUCAAUAGGAAAAGUCAUUUUUUUCGGAGGGCUAUGUAAUCUAAUAAUGAUAUAAUUUGAUAUAUGUUCACAGUAUAUUUGUCAAUUUUCUUGUAAUUUUGUUGUAAUUAUGUUUAUCAUAAUAUUUUGUGACGUUAAAUACUUUUUUUCUUGUAAAUCAUGAUCGAUUGUCACCAAAAUAAGAUGUUUGUCCCUAAAUAUCAUUGUUUUACAGAUAUUAAAAGUCUACACACCCCUGUUGCAAUGUCAAGUAUCUUGAUAUCCUAAAAUGAGACCAAGAUAAAUCAUUUCAAAACUUUUUCCACCAUUAAUGUGACCAAUAACCCGUGCAACUCAAAUGAAAACGUAUAUUUCUGAGAAGGGAAGUAAAGAUAAACUGAGAUGAUGGGGUUGCACAAGUGUGCACACCCUCUUAUAAGUGGAGUUGCGGCCGUGUUCAAAAUUAACCAAUCAUCGGACCAUAACACAUUUUUGCACAUGCAUUUUUUUUCUUUGUAAUAUGUAAAACACAUACUUAACAGCCAUUACUUGGCACAAAUUCCUGCUCGUCCUUUAAUGUUGCUCUCGACCUCUUUGCAGCCCCAGUUUUCUUGUCUUUUUUUUUAAUAUCACGAAAAAUGGCAUUUGAACAAGAGUGUGUAGACUUUUUCGAUCCACUACAGUGACAAUGAAUGAUCAUGUUUGUAGACACUAAAAAUGAGGGUUUAUUUUCCUGUGGGCAAACCAGCGGGACUAACAAAUCUGUGAACGCUCCAAUGAGUGUCAAUGCAGGGGGCUCUCUUUGUACCCUUCGCCAUUCAUUCCCAAUCCCAAACGAGACACGCGCGAAUUUAUUCUGUCUUCCGAUGAAUCAGACAGCGAGUUGAUUGGGAAAAGUUUGUUCAUGUCCGUGCAGUCGUGUGUCAUCAGCGAGUGUUUUGCAUGCAGCGUGGAGUCUCACCUCUGUUUGUCUCUUCAUCGCUGGGAGAAGGGGAGACAUGAUCUCCAUUUAAAAAAAAAAACAAAAACAUUCGCUUGUUGGCUUUAGGCAGACGCAGACUGUCUUCUAUAAAUAUCCAGGGGUUCAUCCACCCUACGUCGGCCUCACGAGUCCUUGUUUUUGAGUACUUGAUUUAAUUCAGCGUUUAGUCAUCUUGCUGAGAAAGGACGAGAAGAAAAAAAAAAAAACGUUCAAGCACUGCUUAUUCAUUUCGACGUGCAAAGUUCAUGUGAGAAUAAUUACCCACAUCAUUAUCAUCCUCACCAUCAUUAUCAUCACCAUCACGUCAGCCCAGAUUUUCUCCACAAGCUUGUGAAGAAUCAAUGCAUGGACUGACAAUACUAUGCAAAAGGCUUAUUAGGCCACUGUGACUGUACUAAGGGGUGUCAAACCUAGUUAUGGUUGCCCUCACUUUUUUCUUUAUAUAGUUCAUAUACAAUGUGUA